AUGGAAUGUGCAAUCAACGACAGGCAAAGAGUAACAAUCUAUAUAUAUGAGAAGAUUCUAAAUGUUUUUCCUGAAAAACCAAAUAUACUAUCAUUUGCAUUGUUACUCUUUGCCUUCUGUAGACUACACACUCUACCUAGUCUCAGUAACACAACACCAACAUUGAUAUCAGGCAUGAAGAAGUGGUGGUUCUUAACUGGUUCACUAAUAAUCAAAUAUAAUUGUGAUUAUCAAAGUGGUGGUAGCGAUGAUUAUAAUGGAUUGGUAGUAGGAGAUAUAGUUCAACAGCAAACUGAAUAUCCACACCCACCGACCUAUGGAAUGCAACAACCGAUGGCACCACAGACGACUUUCACAAACAGAAUCAGUAGAGAUUGUUCGUCGGAACUAUCUAAUAAGGUGAGAGCUAUUCUAGAUAACAUAUUCUAUCCGGUGGUAGUCGAUCACAAGUACCAACUACCGGUGAACUGCCAGUUGAAUCCAUCACUAGACAUGCUCGCAUACUUGGAGACUCAAAAGAUCAACCUCUACAGCAUCUGGAAGUGUCGUAACUGUUCAAAGCAAUUCAACACCGAAGAAUUCUUGGAUCUACAUCUAAAAAACAAUCAUGCAAGUCUUAUACCAUCUAAUGCAACAGUAUGUCUAAGUGAUUUCUGUGAUAUGUUGAAUUGUAAAGACGAUCCAGUCAUUGCGUGUGAUAAUAAGAGGAUGGAUAAACUCAAACAUCAUUGUCAGAGUAUCAUGUAUAAUUGCUUCCCACUGAAUCAGGAACAAAGUAGAAUGUUAAACUCUCACUUUACCAAGAAUAUAUGUGAUCAUCUGACGUGUGAUGGUUAUAAAAGACACAUACCAAAACAAAGUGACAGUAAUCAAUCAAAUAGCGGAAGAUCAUGGAGUUUAAUGAAAUAUAUAGCAGCGUUAAUAACCAUUAUAAUAAUUGUUUUAUUCUAUUUAAUUGUUUGUUUCUAUAGGAAAGAAACAAUCUUACAAAAAGAUUUAAGAAGAUUAUCAAAUAAAAGACAUCGUGAUCUUUUAAAACAGUUUGAUUCUAAAAAUCAUUGA